UGUUUUCAACUUAAAAUGGCAGUCAAAACCAUGUCUCAAUUUUCAGUGUUUUUUCUGCUAUUCUUCGCGUGCAUAUCAAGUGUGGACGGUUCUUAUGUGCAAGAGCUAGACAAUAGAUUUUUAGAACUUAAGAACCAAGGCAGUUGGCUUGUUGAAUUUUAUGCACCUWGGUGUGGCUAUUGCCGAAAGUUAGAACCAAUAUGGGAGGAAGUAGGCAAGGUUUUAUAUGGAACUUCUAUUAAUGUUGCUAAAGUAGAUGCUACUAUAUAUACUGGUAUUGCAAAGGAAUAUAAUGUUAGGGGUUUUCCAACCAUAAAGUUUAUCAAAGGAGGGCUUGUACUAACUUAUCAAGGUGACCGUACUACUGAAGACAUUGUACAGUUUGCUAAUAAAGCUGGCGGACCAGCUGUCACAGAACUUACUAGUGGGGAACAGCUACGCAAUGUCCAGAAAGAUAGAACAGUAUUUUUCUUGUUGGUUACAAGCAGCCAAGGAAAUGAUGAUUUGAAGGAAGUUUUCAGGAAUGCAGCAGAGAAGAGAGUUACAGAGGCUUAUUUUUACAGUAUUUCAGAAAAUGAACUUCCAAAGGCUGUGAAACUAACAGCUCCUGUGAUUUCGGUAUUCAAAGAUGGCUCCAAUUUUCCAUUUCAAAUGGAAUCGAUGGUAAUGGUAGACAAUGUUACUACUUGGAUAGACCAGGAAAAGUAUAGUGCUUUUAUCCAGAUCACAAGGUCAAAUAUUCAUGACAUCUCAGAAACUGGAAAAUCUAUUUUGUUCACUGUGUUUGCUGAAGAUAUUAGCAAGAAGAAAGAAAAUGAAAGAGCGGGCAAGAUUGUAAAGCAGACUGCUUUCCAUCACAGGAACAAAUAUCACAGGCUGUUGCAGUUCGGCUGGACAUUAGGAGAUGAAAUAACGACUAACAUAAUGAUGAGUUCAAUGGCUUCUCCAUACAUCAUGGUGUACAAUACAACCACUCUAGUUUAUUAUCUAUUACCUUACAAUGAUAUCAAGGACGGUUUUACCGAAGAAAAGAUGGUAACCUUUCUGGACAAUGUACUGUCUGGAAAAGAGAGGGGAUACGGUGGAGAUUCGUACUUACAGCGGGUAAUACGCGGAGUUUACUCAUUUGUCACCUCAGCUUAUGAAAUCUGGACAUCUCAACCAAUCAUCGCCAGCAUUAUGUUUGGGCUCCCUUUGUUUUUGUUCUUGUUCAUUGGUUACAUGUUGUGUACUGCCGAAGAAGGAGAGGAGCAGGAAUACAACGAAGACGAGUUCGAUGACGAGGAUGGUGAAGUAGAGCACAGAGACACACUAGACUCGCCCCCAGGAACACAAGAACAGGAGGCUACUGACAAGCAACCGGGAAAGCCUAAGACUGAGUGAGAUUAGAUUUAAAGAUAGAUGGGAGCGAAGUCCAAAUCUGCUGUAAGGAGCGCUGUCCUAUUUCCUUGGAGGGAGAAUAUGCAGGAAUCAUCCUGAAAAUAAGAGCUAGAACUGAGUGCAAAGAUGUAUAAUUUUUCUUUGAUAUAUUGAUGUUAUUUUAUCACAAGAUUUUAUGGUCAAGGUACAUGCUUAUUUCUAUUAUUUUCGCUUUUGCAUGAGCUGUGCCACCCAACACAACGUGCAAGCUCUCUCGGACUAUAGGAGUACAUUUUGAGUGAAGUUCUGGCAUGCGGAACGUUAUAGCUUUGAAGAAAUAGAAUCGCGCGCGUGUGCUGUGUGUAGUUAUGAAGUACGUGGGGAUUGGCAGAACCAACGAAAGAAGGGUUAGGAGAAGCAUGGCGCGUAGCGGAGUGCUUCUCAACACUCAACUUUUCUGCUAAUUCCCAAAUGCUUUCUAACUACACACUGCAAAGCAAGCAAGUUUUUUAUUUCUUUUAUGAAAUGCAAAUUAGAAUAACCGCUAUUUUGGACACGAGUGACAAAAUAAAAAAUGCGCGCGCAUCCUGUGCUCUCAUAGAGCACAUGCUUCCAUCCAAUCAGAAUGCGAGAUUCAUAAGUUAUUUUACAGCAAAUUCCGUACGACUGUAGUACAAACUCGCAAUACGAACAUGUCAUUUGGCUUCCCUGCCAUUCCUAAUCAAUAGUGCACUCAGUACAUGCAGUAUUGUAUGUAUUUUACACCUCACAAAUCAGAGAGAAAACAAAUAUGACUGAAAGGCUACACAAUAGAAACUUAUACCUUAUAUAAUUAUGAAUAUUUAAUAAACUGAAAAUAAAACAAAAA